UCCUCCCAGCCAGGGCCAGGCCAGCAGAUAGGAGUAGUGGGCUCCACCUCCGAUCCUAUUUCAUUUCAUUUCAUCCACCUCCGCCUCCUUCCUUCUGCUGCCUGCUUUGUUAGCUUUCAUUCGAUCCUCCUCUAGACUCAUCUCCAUCAUCAGCCUGCUUCGUUCUUUCUAACCUUGGUUUUGCAUGCAUGCAUCGGGAUUUCUAGCUUCUUCAUGCGCGAGUUUCUUCUGGCUUUCGGUCCUUGGAUGCAGCAACAUCAUAUGUAUCGCCAUCAUCACAGUUGUUGAUCGAGCUCCAUUAUAUUAUUUGCCAUGAUCCUGCUGCACGCAAGGGACGACGCCCUCCUUGGUGCUAAUCGUCCAAACCAUCUGCUGCUGCAUUCUCAUCCAUCUCGGGAUGACACCCUGCUUAUUACCAGUGGUGAAUCUGAAUUAUCGGAUGACGCCAGCAUCUGGAUACCGCCUGAGGCAGCCGACGACAAGGAACAUGAUGGGGCGACGACGACGACUCACCACCAUCAUGCUGCGUCGGAUACUACGUCUGACGACACUACAGCAGAAGAAGACGAGGAUGAGGAUUCUGAUGACGACGAUUCUGAUGAUGAUGGUGGUGGCAGUUUCAGCUGGUGCCAGCAGCAGCAUCCCACCAGCAGCAGCUACAGGGAGGAGCGGCAGAAAGCCAUGCUCAGAGCCAUGAACGGCCAGCUGAAGAUGCUCGCCGCUCGCUUUCUAGAGUCGGCUGGCAUCCCUGCUGCUUUCCACCAAUUGCAAGCAGGCGCAGACGACGCCUGCUGCUGGCUUGACAUCGUCACCUCCCUGUCCUGGGAAGCCGCCCUUCUUAUCAGGCCUGAUGCCACUGCCGGCAACGAGAUGGACCCUUCCUCUUACGUCAAGGUGAAGUGCCUAGCAUCUGGUACGCGGCGCCAAUGUGAGGUCAUCAGGGGCUUAGUCUUCAAGAAGAAUGCCGCCCAUAAGCACAUGCCCACCAGGUGUCACAAUCCCAGGCUGCUGCUUCUUAGAGGAGUCCUCGGUGAUUCGGAUGUUGGCUUCUCAUCAUUCAGUUCCAUAGAGCAGGAAAAAGACCAUCUGGAGAAGUCUGUCUGUAAAAUGAUGCAGAUUUGCAGGCCAAAUGUUGUCAUGGUCGAGAAAACAGUUUCACGCGACAUACAGGAGCUUCUCCUCGAGGAAGGCGUCACUCUGGUGCUUGAUAUGAAGCUCAACCGGCUGCAAAGGAUCGCUCGCUGUUCUGGCUCUCCCAUACUCUCCUUCUCAGAGGUUCUAAGCAAGCCAAAGUUGAAGCAGUGCGACUACUUCCAUAUCGAAAAAGUUACCGAGGAGCACAACCAUACCGUUGAAACUGGAAAGAGGCAAUCUAAAACAUUAAUGUACCUGGAAGGCUUUCGCAAGCCAUUGGGAUGCACAAUAUUGCUACGGGGAGCGAAUAGUGAGGAACUGAAGAAAGUCAAGCAAGUCAUGCAGUACACAGUGUUUGCAGCGUACCACCUUGUUCUUGAGACAUCCUUCUUCGAAGAUCAGAGGGUAAUAUUGAAUAAUAAAAAUGCUUCCAAAGAAGAAACUUCUAUCAGUAGUAACUCGGAAUCAUCAGUAAUACGUCACGGAAUCCCUGCUCCCUCUAUUGGCUCUCACCCUGUCGGUCCUAAAGAUAAUGAUGCUUCAGCAAGUAAACUGUAUCCCUUAACUUCUAGUGAAUCAGUAGAAGAACCCACUAAAGGGAAGACAGUUGCCGUUUCUUCAACAAAAAUCGAAGAUCUAAAUUCACUUGAGAAGGGAUUCCCUAAUGAGCUCCCCGAGGGUCCAGCCAUCUAUUAUGAUUCUAAUCAGGCACUUCCUUCUGAAAGACUAGUAUCGUCAGUCCCAGGAUCGCCAAGAAGAUCCAUUGAUAUAUUACGUUAUCAGAAUAUUUAUUUACCAGUCACUUCUUCUCAAGAGGCAACUGAUCAUCAGAAAGAAGACAUGCUUCAAGACAUGGCAAGUAAUGGUGUACAUAUUAGCCCGAAUGUCAGCGUACAAGUUGGUUCUGGUGAGAAUGUGGAUCACUUGAGCAAUCCCCAGAAUCAAGCAUCCACUGAAAGCAAUCAACAAAUGGCAUUGGAUGAUCUUUCGGUUAGUGAGCAGCCAUCAACUCCAUUGGAAAAUGGGGAACAACAAAGCACCAGCUACGUUAGCGGAGACAAGACCUCAGAUAUAGACGAAGUGGAUGAUGUCUUGGAGUCGCAGAGCAUACUUAUUUUGUUGUCCAGCCAAUGUAUCACGAAGCAAGUUAUCUGCGAGCAGAGCCAUCUAUCCCGUAUAAAGUACUAUGGAGAUUUUGAUGUCUCCUUAGGACGAUAUUUGCAAGACAUUUUGCAGAAUCAGAAUCUCAGCUGUUCCUCAUGUGGAGAACCUCCAGAGGCUCACAUGUACUCGUACACUCACCGCAAUGGGAAUCUGACUGUUCUUGUGAAGCGUUUGCCUAAAUACUGUUUACCUGGUGAAUCAGAAGGAAAAAUUUGGAUGUGGACUAGAUGUCUAAGAUGUGAGCAUGAAAGUGGGAUCUCUAGAUCAUCACGAAGGGUGCUAAUGUCAGCUGAAGCACACUAUCUUUCGUUUGGGAAGUUCCUUGAACUCAGUUUUUCCAGCCAUUCCACUGCUAGAAGGUUAUCAAUAUGUGGACAUUCGCUGAAUAAGGAUUGCCUGCGCUUUUUUGGGUUGGGCUCCAAAGUUGCAAUGUUCCAGUAUUCAUCAGUCGAAAUUUACACUGCCUCCAAACCACAGCCUACUCUUGAGUUUCACAACCCCAAUGCUCAUGAAUGGUACGGGCAAGAGGUAAGAAAUGUUCUUGCUAGAGGAGUCAUGCUUUUCUCUGAAGUCACAGGGUUACUACAGAACCUGAAGGAUCAGUUUUCUGAGGUGGUAAUCUAUUGUGGCUCCUUGCUUCCUAUUGAAGAGUUCUCCCAACUUGAAGAUAUGUUGAUUAAAGAGAAGUCCGAGUUCAUGUGUACUCUAGCACAGGCAGUUGAUCGAAGUGGGGCACCAAGCUCUGUGCAUGAGAUCCUUAGUGUAAAUUGGCUCUACCAGGAUCUUCUGCUUGAACUAUAUGUGUGGGAUCGCCGGCUGCAUCAACUUGUAGAGUGCAUAUCUGCUGAAAGAGAAAGAAUGGGAAUUAGCGUCAAGGGAACUUCUGAAUUUACAGGUGACCAGACUGCAGUAGUUGCUGAAGCAGAUGGUGUUACUGAAUGUGCAAGCAACAAAGUGUCCUUCGAGAAUGGAUGUAUCGAGACAGACAAGUUCAGUGAAUCAGGGACUGGCACAACCUUGCUUGAUGAAAAUGCAUGGGAUAAGCAUUAUGAAGAGCAACUUUGCACAAAAGUGCCUAGUCCAAAGCAAGAGCCCUUGAGGAUUCCGCAGCAGUCCGGACUUCCCCCAUGGGAUGACAGGGAAAAAUGGGUUUGGAACCCAUUGCAUGAGUCCAGAUUGGCUUACAGGCAGGAACUUGAGGUUGGAUGUCUGGAAAGGUUCGAACUUGUUAACCACUAUUGUCCAUCUCAUCUAUCCCCCUUGCACAGACAUAAUCAAUCUGGUGAGGAGGUGGGUUCUCCACGGUUCACAGUAGGUCCAUGUGGCAGCGUCUUGUGUGUAUCAGAGGAUGAGAUAUCCAGCAUAAUAUCCCGUGCUCUUGCCAUAUCUGAGGAACGUCGUUACUUACUGGAUGCUAUCACUGAGAGUGCACCAGCAGACAGCAGGGUUGGAGAGCUUACUAAAACAAUGGAGAAGUCUUACAGCUCAGUAUCUGAAAGUUCCUCUGCUUCUUCGUCCUGGUCAUCGACCUGGUCGUCUUCCGGAUCUUCAGAUUCUGAGGCAAGCAUUUCAUCUGAUGACCUCUCCAGCUACGAUAGCUCGCUUCUAUCAUCCUCUCAACAUCCGGAAAUAUCUGUCAACGGGAGAGUAGCUCUCAAAGGGAAAUAUUCAGUAAUCUGUGUACACUCUAACCAGUUCUACAAUCUUCGAAAGAAAUGCUGUCCAUCGGAGCUUGCGUACAUUACAUCCUUGAGCCGUUGCAAGAAGUGGGAUGCUCAAGGCGGGAAAAGCAAGGCUUUCUUUGCAAAAACAGUGGAUGACAGGUUCAUCAUAAAGCAAAUAAAGAGGACAGAGUUUGAGUCCUUCAUAAAAUUUGCCCCUGAUUACUUCAAGCAUGUUUACCAUUCUCUGGACACUGGGAGCCAAACUUGUCUUGCUAAAAUCCUAGGAAUCUACCAGGUCAAGCAAAUAAGACAUGGCAAGGAGAUUAAGAUGGACCUGAUGGUGAUGGAAAAUAUCCUGUUUGGGCACAAUGUGUCCCGGACAUAUGACCUGAAAGGCGCCGUCUUUUCGCGACAUGUCUCUGACUCGAAUGACCAUGACACUGUGUACUUGGAUCAAAAUUUUGUGGAUGACAUGCGCAUUUCUCCAAUCUACAUUGGAGGAAGAACAAAGCAUCUCUUGCAACGGGCGAUCUGGAAUGAUACAGCUUUUCUCACUUCGAUCAAUGUUAUGGACUACUCUCUACUGGUGGGAGUGGACAAGCAGAAGCAUGAGCUCGUGUUUGGCAUCAUCGACUACCUGAGGCAGUAUACAUGGGACAAGCAGCUGGAGACAUGGGUGAAAACGUCUCUGGUGGUGCCCAAGAACGAAUCGCCAACGGUGAUUUCCCCCAGGGAGUACAAGAAGAGGUUCAGGAAAUUCAUGAGCAGGUAUUUCCUGACAGUUCCAGAUGACUGGAGCACGGAGAAUCGCCCGGUGUCCUGCAAAUCCUGUGCUCACGCCGGCAGCGCCAACUUGCCGGGAGUGGUCGACGAGAAACCUCCUCAGCAUCCAAAUCCAAUCGUGGCGUGUGCGUAGUUCUCUUUGGCUCCCAGGGUUUUUGAUGAGAGACUUCUUUUUUCUGGCUUAUUGUUACACAUUCAGCUGCCAAGUUGUCCAAAGUAUGCAGCUUUAUUCAAGGCAAAUUGUUGGAGCCACAAUGUGCCGAGGUCCACAACCACAAUACAUGUAAUUUCCCAGUUAAAACAUGAUUUAUAUCAA